GACAUACCCACCUGGUGGUGCAUGAAACUGUAUAAAAAGGUUGGCACUCAAGGGCCUCCUUCAUCACCUCUCUUGACUCUUUGCAUCCUCCAAGAACAACCAGAAACAAUUGCCACCCUGCAAAGAUGUCGGACCAGUGUUAUGCCAGGUGUCCUGACUCCUGUGUGACGAUACAGCCACCACCUUUCGUCUUGACAAUCCCAGGACCAGCACUUUAUUGCCCUGACCAAGCAUUUGGCAUUGAACAAUACAACCCAUGUGCAGGCUAUGGUGUUGCAUAUGGAGGCAUCGGAGGCAGUGGGGGAGGAUUUGGUGGUGGAAGAGGUAUUGGUAGAGGUGGUGGCUUGGGCAUUGGUAGCGGUUUGGGGAGUGGUGGAGGAGGUUUUGGCGGUAUUGGUGGUAGUGGUGGUUUGGGAGGUGGGGGUUUGGGAGGCCGUGGCCAUGGUGGUUUAGGUGGGAGUAGUAUUAGUGGUGGACUGGGGGGUGGAAUUUGGGGGGGGCAUGGAGGUAGCAGUUUAGGUGGGGGUACCUUGGGUGGUGGUAUUGGUGGAGGUGGGUUGGGUGGUGGCAGCAGUGGUGGACCUGGAGGUAAUUUAGGUGGUGGUAUUGGCAGUGGUGGAUUAGGAGGCAGUGGAGGUGACUAUGGCAGUGGCGGCAGUGGAGGUGGUGGUUCUGGAGGCAGUAUGAGUGGUGGCAUUGGAGGAUCUGGAGUCAGCAUGGGUGGUGGCAGUGGUGGCUCAGGAGUCAGCUUGGGUCAUGGUGGAGGAGUCAGAAUAAGCCGUCGUGGCUCAGGUGGCAGCUUGAGUGGUGAUAGAGGAGUCAGAAUAAGCCGUCGUGGCUCAGGUGGCAGCUUGAGUGGUGAUAGAGGAGUCAGAAUAACCCAUCGCAGCUCAGGAGGCAGCUUGGGUGGUGGUGGAGGACGCCGAAUCAGCAGUGGCCGGCAUUACAGUGGCAGUGGGGGACACCACUACAGUGGUAGUGGUGGUUACAGUGGCAGUGGUGGUUACAGUGGCAGUGGUGGUUACAGUGGCAGUGGAGGAUAUGGUAGUGGUGGAUACGGUAGUGGUGGAUACGGUAGUGGUGGAUACGGUAGUGGUGGAUAUGGUAACUGUGGAUAUGGUAGCGGUGGAUAUGGUAGUGGUGGAUACACCAGCGGUGGAUAUGGUAGUGGCGGAUACAGUAGUGGUGGAUAUGGUAGCAGUGGAUAUGGAUACAGCAGUGGCAGCAGGUACAGUGGCAGAAGAAUCACAUACUCUGGCAGUCGCAGCUAUGGUGGCAGCACCAGAUGUGGUGGAGACAGUUCCUAUGGUGGAACCUUGGCAUUGAUGCCCAGCACCUCAUACUACACCUCCUACUGAACCCAGAGGAAACCAACUGAAUGCCACUGGACAACUGGAGAAACAACAGAUGAACCCAAAGUUUGAGCUUACAACAAUGGACUUUAGAAAAUCAUUCAAUCUUCUGUAACCAGCUGAUUCUAGCUCCAUGAAUUGAAUGACCAGUGUGUCUACACUUCAGUUCCACACGCGCUUUUCUUUUCCAUGUCAGCACACCAGAAAAAAGCAAAAUUGCAAUGAUAUCCUUCCCAAGCUAUAUUGCUAGCUACUAACUUCACAAGAAUGACUUGUGGUAGUGGGGAGCAUAUAACCCCACCCCUUUUCUGUUCCAGGAUAAUGGAUGGAUCAUCAUCGUGCACUUAAAUGAUGGACUUAAAUGCCAUGUUUGAAGAGAAUCUGGGAAGAUUCAAACUGUGUCCACUGAAGUAUUUUGAAACUAUUUCUGCAGCUGUUGAAACAACAGUGCAGACUGAUAAUCAGCUGAGUUCUUAUCAUCAUCUGCCUUUCUGGGGGAAAAAUACUGCUAUUCCCUCAUUCCCUUUGCUCUUCUCAUUAAAGCUACCUUUGCAUCGCAAA